AGAAGAGAGAGGGAGGGGACAGGAGAGGAGCACGCGUGUCUCUGUACUACUGCAGGCAGAGUUGCAGAUAACCGGGGAGAAGAGGGCAGCAAGACCGGGAACUCCGCGAGCAGUAUCAUAGAGAAGGACCAGCCACUGAUGUGAGAAGAAACUUCCAUUGCACUGUAGACAAAAAUUGUGAUUGAGUGGUGACAAAAAAGAAGGUAAAGGAGUAUAACAGGCAUCAUGCAUUUCAACUUCAAGAAAGCUGAGCCUCCACCUGAAACUCAUACAAUACCAAGCAGCACAGAAUCGCCUAUUGUCUCUCAAGAGAACACCACUGCAGUUGCUGGAUCUGGAGAUAAAAGUGCUGAUACAUUUAGAAAAAUUCAACAGGAACUUAUGAAUCAAAUAAACAAGAUUCCAUUGCCUCCAUGGGCCAUCAUAGCUAUAGCUGUGGUAGCUGGGUUAUUGAUUAUCACCUGUUGCUUCUGUAUAUGCAAAAAAUGUUGCUGCAAAAAGAAGAAAGGAAAGAAAGAGAAAGGAAAAGGGAAGAAAAAUGCAAUGAACAUGAAGGAUAUGAAAGGAUCUGGUGGGCAGAUUUUUUAGGAUGAUGAUGAUGAUGCAGAGACUGGUUUAACAGAAGGUGAAGACAAGGAGGAUGAGGAAAAAGAAGAGGAGAAACUUGGAAAGCUACAAUUCUCCUUGGAUUAUGACUUUCAAAAUAACCAGAUUCAAGUUGGCGUCAUACAGGCCACUGAAUUACCUGCAUUGGACAUGGGAGGGACUUCAGAUCCUUAUGUAAAGGUCUUCUUUUUGCCAGAUAAGAAGAAGAAGUAUGAAACUAAAGUUCAUCGCAAGACACUUAACCCAAUUUUCAAUGAGACUUUUACUUUUAAGAUUCCGUAUCAAGAACUUGGUGGAAAGACCCUAUGUAUGUCCAUAUAUGACUUUGAUCGAUUUUCCAAACAUGACAUUAUUGGAGAGGUGAAAGUUGCAAUGAACACUGUAGAUCUUGGACAGCCAAUUGAAGAGUGGAGAGAUUUGCAGAGCGCAGAAAAGGAGGAGCCCGAGAAACUUGGAGAUAUUUGCAUUUCCCUACGUUAUGUUCCAACUGCUGGAAAAUUGACUGUCUGCAUUCUAGAAGCCAAAAAUUUGAAAAAAAUGGAUGUGGGUGGUUUGUCAGAUCCAUAUGUAAAGAUUCACCUCAUGCAAAAUGGGAAAAGACUAAAAAAGAAGAAAACUACAGUGAAAAAAAAGACCCUGAACCCAUACUUCAAUGAGUCCUUCAGUUUUGAGAUUCCAUUUGAACAAAUACAGAAAGUUCAAGUUGUUAUUACUGUCUUGGACUAUGACAAGCUGGGUAAGAAUGAGGCAAUCGGCAAGAUAUUUGUUGGAUGUAGCGCCACAGGAACUGAGCUCCGCCAUUGGUCUGACAUGCUGGCCAAUCCACGACGUCCAAUUGCCCAGUGGCACCCACUUAAGCCAGAAGAGGAGGUGGACCUUGCACUGGGCUCCAAGAAGUAAUGCGCUCUUUAUGCAUAUUUUUCCCCCUCAUACCUUCCUUUUGACCCUCACACUCUGCUAUGCAGAUUACAAGCACCUUCUGCUAACCCACAGGCUUUCCCUACAACACAACAACCAAGACUUAAUGAACCAAUAAAGAAGUGUCAUCAGUAACCAAGGCAGUUUCGAUGUACAUGUUUUUGAAGUGUCCAUGGAUGAACUUCAAAAGUGUAAUUGGGCUAUGCCUCACUCUUUUGUGUUCUCUAGGCAAUUUUAUAUUGAUCUCUUAAGCUACAAGGAAAAAAAAACUGUGACAUAUUAGUCUUCCAAAUAUAAGUGUUUGAAGUUAUAAUAAUAUCUAAAAUAACUUUGACACACUACAUAGUCUAAAUGAAAUAUCCAUCUGUAUUAAAUGAAUAUUUAAUUAGUGUAUUUAAUAUCUUUUUGUAAGAAUUUGGUAAGGAUUGAGAAGCAGUUCAUAUGCUUAUAUCCUGAUAAAUGAUAGACAUUUUCUUAUGCUAUAUGUCAUAAGUGAGAUUAAAAUUUUCUUUUAAAAGUUCCAGUUUAACCUCAAAUUUGUUAUUCUGUAUUUUGCUGUAUUUCCAUAAAAGAGCAUGUUUGGACAUACUGGCUUCAUUGGAACUUCUUCCAUAUUUCUAAAGCAUUCACAUGCAUAAUAUUGCAUAUUGGGAUGAAUAUCUCUAUUAUAUCACAAGACCUUAGGAAAUAGUGAAGUAGCUAUUAUAAUAAUGUUGGUAAUAAACUACUUAAGAAAAAUACUUCUACUGUAUUUAAAAUGCUGCAAAGAACAUCUGGUUGUUGUAAAUAAAUGCAACAAAAGUAGAGAUGACAUAGGAAGAGCAGCUUCUAAGUCAAGACAGUUGCAUUUUUAGAAUUUACCAAUAUAUAUUCUGACUUAGAUACUUAACCUGGGGAACAUAGGACUGUAUUUACCGCCUAAGAGGGACAACUAGCAUUAGGCAGGAAAAAUGAACCCUUGAAAAUGUUUCUAGAAAGACGAAAAGGUAGAAAUAAUGUGCAAAUUUUGAUUGUUGUGUUACUUUGAUGUAUUUUUUCUAUGUCAUCGGUAAUAAGACAGUCUAAUGACAAGGAUUGUGGUGAGAUCAGAAAUAUAAUUUAGUUUCAUAAUUUGGUUAAGCUUAGCAGUAAUACAGCUGUGCAAGCGUAUAAUUAAUUAUUUUCAUACAACUCUUGGGUUCAUAUGCCCAGGCAAUUACUUGAAAAACGUUUAUUAAUUUUAUCAUCCAUAAAUAAUUAAUAAUUUUAGAAACAUUGUUAAUGUAUAAAAAUUUGUUUCUAGAUUAUUCACAACUUUUUGUAUGCCAAACAUUUUAUAAAUAAAUGCUUUAAGGUGCAGACAAACAGAUUUUUUUUAACUGGGCAGGAAUAACAGUUGUGUUUCUGUAAGUGAGAUAGAUAGUAGUAGAAGAGUUUAUUGGAUAUAUCAAAAUGUACGACUGAAGUAAUAAGUAACACAUUGAUAGUAGCUCUUCUGUACAACUGCUCAGGAAAAAAAAGAGCUAUACAUAUUUUUUUUCUUCAGUAUUGCUGCUGUUUUUCCUGUUUUCAAACAGAAAACAAUUUAACUGAUCACUUAGUAGACAGUGUGUCUUUCAUGACACAAGCACUAUCAUUUAGUGUUUGGAAUGUGGACCACAUGUUUCAGAAAUGCACUGAACUGCUAAGUAUAAUCAGUAUGUGCCAGACACAAGAAAGAGGAAAACAGUCCACCAACAUUUGAUGAACGGGCCUUGCUGAGGUAUUCUGCUUAGAAGCUUUGAGAUUUUUGUUGGCAUCUGCUCGUCAUGAAGGUAAUAAAAGAGCAAACAUUCCUAUAUUAAGAAAAUCUUACCAAAUGGCUUGCUUUUUUAAAAUCUUCAUUGAAUUGUCAAAAUGUCCCCACAUAUAGAACUCAAAUUAGUCAAGGUAACAAGUACAGUGCCAUGGAUUAUUUCUGUCUUAUAUACUGAGUUAUUUUACAGCGUGAAUAUGAGUGUAGUAAAAAGAAACAUAAUUGGUAAGGUGCAGCCUAGACUGCAGCAUUAUAUUUUAUUAUACUCAUACUAUGUAUACUGCACACUACACACUGUACAUUCCGAAACUUUGUUCAGCAGCCAAUAUCUUAUUGAUUAUCAUCAUGUCAAUAUGUAUAUGCUUUGGGGCUUACCUCACAGUUUGAACGUGCUUAAUAAAAAUGUUUCACUGUCUUCAAAGCAUACUUCCAGUUGCAAAUAUGUUUUAAUAGGUUUUCGGGUAUUAAGAUCAUACACUUUUUCAACAUAAAUGAUUUCAAGGAUGUGGUUGUUUCUUGUGAUCACCAUACUUAGAUUAUUAUUACCUAUGGUAAUCUAAAGUCAGUAUUGCAGAGCCGCAGAAGUUUCAGCGGUUGCAGCUGUAAUAAGGAUGCUAAAAUGUGGUUUUAUUAUGCUCAUCUAAGAGCAUCCUAAUGCCACUUUUACAUGAGACUAUUUUGGUUAGUAUUUUGCAUCAGUAUUUUUAAUCCAAAACUGCGAGUAAAACAUAGCAGAGGAAACAAAUGCACCUCUUAUUUGUUUGGGCUCAGUAUUGGUUUUUACUUACAAAUUCUAAAACAUAACACUGAACUAUUGAUCCCAUUACAUGGAACUAUUGUCAGGAAUAAACGUUCAUUGCACAUAAUCAGCGCUAUAUAUAUAUUGUGAACUGUUACGCCUUCCUGCGGGGUUGUUUUGGGCCGAAACAGGUACACUGACACCUUUGUAGCUUGUGC